UGUGCCUCCAUAUCUUCCCCACCAUGACUCCAUGUUGGGAUGAAAUUCUUAGAAGAAGUCCUACACUUAUGGAUCCAACCUUGACAGGGGUUCUAAUCGUCUUGGCCUCUAUUCUCAUCCUAUCCACCGCCCGUUUUAUCCACACCAAGAAGAAAAGAUCCUGGAAUCUUCCUCCGGGCAGCCUCGGAUGGCCGGUGAUCGGCGAAUCGGUGGAGUUCGUCCGCUUAAGCCGGGAAGGGAGGCCGGAGAAAUUCGUGGCGGACAGAGUGAGCAAAUACAAGUCGAGGAUAUUCAAGACUAGCUUGAUGGGCGAGGCGGUGGUUGUGCUGAGCGGCCAGGCCGGGAACAAAUUCCUGUUCAGCAACGGGAGCAAGCUGGUGGCGUCGUGGUGGCCGGUCACCAUACAGAAGCUGUUCGGAGUAUGCCUGUCAACUAGUAACGGCGAGGAAGCGAAGCAGAUGAAGAAGUUGAUGUCAUACUUCUUAAGCCCGGCUGCUAUCCAGCAGCUCUACAUCACAAAAAUGGAUUUUGUCACGCAGCAGCAUCUGCACACCUACUGGCACGGUGACAAGACACUGAAAGUGUUCCAUGUUGUGAAGUUAUACACUUUCGAACUUGCUUGCCGCUUCUUUAUGAGUGUUGAAGAUCCAAACCAGAUAAACAAGCUUUCGGUCCUUUUCCACAUUGUGCUAAAGGGAGUCAUAUCACUGCCUCUUAAUGUCCCCGGGACGAGAUUUUACUAUGCAACCCGAGCCAGUGCUCUAAUCAAGGAAGAGCUUCUUGCGAUUUUAAAAGAGAGAAGAGAAAUGAUGAGGCAGGAUGGAACUUCAACCGCCAAUGAUCUUCUCUCGCAUUUGCUUCUCACACCGGACGAUGAUGGGAACUUCAUGUCUGACUUGCAUAUAGUGAACAAUAUACUCGUGCUUUUGUUUGCUGGCCAUGACACUUCCAGUGUAACUAUCACCCUUCUUGUAAAGAAGCUUGGGGAGUUGCCUCAUGUUUAUGAGAAGGUCCUUCAAGAGCAAAGAGAGAUUGCAUCAUCAAAAGAAGUUGGACAGUUUCUUAAUUGGAAUGACAUACAAAAGAUGAAGUAUUCAUGGAAUGUUGUUUCUGAAGUUUUGAGGUUGUAUCCCGCUAUCUCUGGAACCUUCAGAGAAGCACUUGAGGACAUCACCUAUGAAGGUUAUGACAUUCCCAAAGGGUGGAAGGUAAUACUAUUUAAUAUAUUUAUAUGGUGUAUUAUAUUUUAGAUUUAACAGUGCAAAAGACACCAAAAAUGUGUUAUUUGUAUGAAUCAAAUGAACUUUAUUGUAAUCGUAGACAAUAUUUUUUCAAAACACAAAUGAGCUCCUUGUUGAUAAAAAAGUGCACCCGUUUUUGUGACUUCAUAUUUAUCACGGAGAGCAUCAUUUUCUCUAAAACUGCAAUGUGCGCACACAUAACAUUUUGGUGUAAUACUUACUAUCAAAUUGUCAAAUAUUUAAAUGGUGUAAAUUUACUUAUGACCUAAUAGUCUUAUUAUCACCAUUUUUAUGUGUUUAACUAUAUUUAAUGGGGGGAUAUAAUUGAAGAUAAAACCCGUUUUGUCUUGUUAGAUGGAUAUUUAUAGAUGGAUAUUUAAUUAUUUAUAGAUGGAAACAAACAAUUGGGGAUGAUUAUUCCUCUAACAAAAAAUUUCAUUGACUUCCCUGAGAUUUGAGUUUUAUUGGGAUGCUCCAAAUACACAUCUCGAUAAGACUUUUUUCCAAGACCCGAUGAAUUUUGACCCAUUGAGAUUCGAAGGACAAGGACACCCGCCUUACACAUACAUCCCCUUUGGAGGAGGGCCGCGGAUGUGCAUUGGUAAAGAAUUUGCUCGGUUGGAGAUACUAAUUUUUUUACACAAUCUCAUUAGGAGAUUUAGGUGGAGCUUACUUGUGCCAGAUGAGAAAGUGCAAUAUGAUCCCAUGCCCACUCCGGUUGAAGGUCUUCCUAUUUGUCUUCAUUCCCAUAAAUUAUGAAGGGUACUUCCUGAAUGUAAAGAGAAAGAUAUGUGAAAUAAUAUUAUGUUCUUAUCUUGUUUUAUAGAACUUUAUAAUUCAAUAAACAUAAUGAUCCUCGACUAAAUUUUAUUUUUAUUUCUGAUUUUUG